AUGUCGGCCACCGUUAACUUUGCUACGCACCCGACUCAAUGCGAUGAAGCCCUACAGAAGCUCUACAGAGACAUAUGCAGCACCAGCUGUAAAGAUCGUGCAGCCAAACUCCAAGUGUUCAGCGAGCAGAUGUGGGAAAGACUUGAGCACCAUCCUUUGCCUGCUGACAAUAUCAUACAAGGGUUCGCAGAUAUAUUAAGAAAUGACAAUGACAUCCUCCUUGUUCGUCUGGUUGUCCCUGACUUUCGACCCGGUUCUCCUAUCCCUACCAAUACUAUCAAACAGAGGCUUUUGCAGAUCAAUCCUCGCCCAUCUCCUCUCGAAUCCAUACGAAAGUAUUUCCCUGAGCGCGAUACCGAAGUUCAUCGACUGUAUGAAGAAGAAAAGACUGUCCUUCAGGAAGCAGAGUUAUAUCGAGCUGCCGUCUUAUUGUACGGUCAUGGGAAUAUCAGCCAAGAGCGAAAGGAAAGGCUGCAGCAUUGGCUCGCCACAUACCCGGCUGAAGAAGCUUAG